AUGUCAAAAGGAGAGCUCACAAGCAGUCAAGUCACAUUCACAAAUGGGCAAACUCUGGGAGAACCCAUUGAGGGAUAUAUUACGCUUUGUUUUGAUGAUCCCAUUUUUGUUACGUCAAUAGCAGUGGAACUUUCUUCUGUCAUAUAUACGGGUGUUAACACCCUUGGUGGGAUAGCUUCAGUUCUUCCCGACGAAGAUACCAACGAGAAGAGUUGGUCCAGUGUAUCCCGAAAAGUGAAAAUGUCGAAAGAGUUUCAAGUUGUAUCUCCGCAUUAUGUGAUGGAUGAGAGAAUAACAGAAAUACCACCGGGGACACACAAAUUUGCGUUUAGAAUUUCCGCUGGGGAAUUCACUCAUGGGGUUUCCGUGUUUGAAAAUUCUGUUGGGAUAUGCUACGAAAUCACACCCAUCAUUUACGCCCUCAAAAACAAGAAAAUUACUGGAAAACACUGUGUGGUCCCCCUCAUAUACACAAACACUAAUUUACCAACAGAAUUGUGUGACCCCGUAUACACGAAAAAAGAGUAUAACAAAUACGUCUUGGACAUUUCAUGCGAUGUGGGGUCGGCAUUUCAAGGAGCUUCUUUGACUGGGAAAUUCUCGGUGACCAAUCGGUCGAAAACUUCUAUAGAAAGAGUUUCUGUCUUCUUUGCGACAUUUGCGUCAGACUCGCUUAACAAAACACAAUCGAAAAGAAUCAACUCGUCGUCGUCGAUAUAUAACAUCCCCGUUGGUACGUCGACAUUCACAUAUAAGAUGAAUGUCCCGAUGACUACGCCUCCAGACAUGACAGACGCUCCCAUGAGAAUGACGAAUAUGUUAGUCAUCGAGUUUUCAAAAGGCACUGUGAAGAAACAAAACAAGCGAAUUGUAUUGCCCGUUUAUAUUGUGGCAAGACCAGCGAAUUCAAGGAAUGCAGAGGAGUUUAUGAAAGCGAUGAAUUUGGACGCGAUGAAGAUAACUCCAUUUAACGAAGUCCCUUUUGGUCUCCCACCAAAGUACUCUGCGUUAUGUCCACAGGGGGUCGAAGAGGCUGUUUUACAGAACGGCGACCCCAUUG